GGAGCUUCCGAAGGCAGGUGUACAGUUUUCUAAGAUAUAUGUCAAUACCGCCCAGAUGGAGUGGUUAUAUUUUCCCCUCAUAGCGUACAUGUUAAUUGCACAGUGGGAUUUGGUUUAUACGGUCAACUGUAAGGUCAUUAAGUUUCAACAGGACUCAAUCACACGCAGCGCUACAGCUUCGUACAAAACACUCUCCUCUACGAGCCUCAUCCAGUGUGCUAAGACUUGUGCCGGAGAGUCGGAGUGCAGUUACGUUUCCUCCAAUGAGGCGACUGAACUGUGUCAAAUGAUGUCUGACACUGUCGGACCCCAAGCCGAGACAGAGCCUCCCAGGGAUGAGGUCGUGGAAUCCUAUACGAUGAUCUGGAGGUGCCCACCUGACUACACCUUCAUCGAUCGGACGUGUGUGAAACUGUCCAGUGUAGCCAGUAAUUACACCUUAGCCUCAGACGCAUGCGCCAGUGAUGGAGCAGUGCUGGCUCAGAUGACCCUUGGCGGGGUAUUUGACGAAAUCGUUAGACACAUGUUCAACAAUGGCAAGUUACCGACAGGAAUUUUCUGGGUUGGCUCAACUGAUAUUAAGGAGGAAGGUGCCUGGAGAUGGAACGAUGGUGCCCUGAUAAAUCGAUGGUGCAGGGGAGAACCGAACAACAAGAAUGGGAAGGAGGACUGCCUCGGGCUCCUCGUGUCUGAUGCAGGUCCGACUUGUUUCGUCGACUAUACUUGCAUGACGGAUAUACAUUAUCUCUGCCAAAAACCGGCACUUCGAGAUAACCAUUGUUAAAAGUGCAUGUAGCCGUUAAUCGUUGGUGUCGAGAUGCUACCGUCUGACAACCAGAAUAACUGAUCAAUGUUAAACAUGUAUUACCGCUUAAUGUCAAAGGCAUAUUGAUUUUACU